AUGGUUGAUGAUAACAUACAUGUAAUUCAAAAUGACCCCUUAAUUAUAGUGGAUAAAUUUCCAUACACAAAGAAGAAGGAAAGAAUCACAGGAGAAAAAGAAGAACAAAAAAAAAUUACAAAGAUAUAUUUUCUGACGCAUUUUCACGCCGAUCAUUAUACCAAGAUAAAUAAAUAUUUUCAUGAGAAUAUUUUUUCGUCCACGAUAACAAGAAAAUUGUUAAUAAAUAUUAUUGGGGUUAAUGAAAAAUAUAUACACAAUUUAAAAAUUAAUAAGAAUUAUUAUCUUUUCAAUUUCGAAUUAAUUUUUAUUGAUGCAAAUCAUUGUCCAGGAUCUGUAAUUAUUUAUUUUGGAUUUGCAAAUGGAACAAAAAUCAUACACACAGGUGAUUUUCGUUACUCCAAUAUUCACACAUUUUUGAUAAAAAAACUUCUGAGUUGUAAAAGAAAUGAAAAAGAUAGAGAAAAAAAAAUAGAGCAGUUGAAGGAUACCAAAUUAGAAGAAAAAAUCAACAAGAAUGUGUUAUCAAAUGAACUGAAGAGAUACUUUUUCUGGAAUGGUGAAAAGUAUAACAUCCAUUUCAGUGGCGGAAAUUUAAAUAUAUAUAAAAAAAAUACAUACAUUGUAGACAUUGAAGAAUUCAGAUUAGCAUAUUUAAAAAAUAUUGAAGAUUUGAUUUGGGGACUUAAAUAUGUGGAGAAGGAAUUUUUUUUAUAUGAUUCUAUUGAGGAAGAAAAUUAUUUUAACUUUUUUAUUUACGUAGAACUGUCUCUAUAUUUUAAUCAAAACGAAUUGGACAUUAUUCUCCUACAUGACAAUGAUAAAAUGUUAAAUGAUAAUUUAGUAAUUAAUAAAGAAAAUGUAAAAAAUAUUCGUUUUGUCUAUGGUUGCAUUAGAGAAGAGCUAAAAGAUAGAACCAGCCAUUACAACGCUCAUAACAUGCCCAUUUUAGUGAAAAAGGAAUUGUUGAAUUUGUUAGAUAAUAACUUCAUGUUGCAGUUUAAUAGUCAAAGGGGAAACGAAUUUGAUAAUACUAAUUAUGAACAUGUCAAGGUAAAAAACGAAAAAGAUAACGAAAUAAAUUUCUCACAGAGGAGAACCUAUGAACACACAGAUGUCGUAGAGAAGCACAUAACAAAGGAAAUAAAGGAGAGAACGAAAUUUCUCACAAAAUUAGAAGAAUAUGAAAGUAGCAAAAAAACAAAGGUCUCUUUUGGUAUGAGCGAAUCGGAUGAAAGCCCCAAUUAUAUAAAGACUAUUUACCUGGACACUACAUAUGCUCUGUCAAAAAAUAAUUUGUUUGCCCCACAAAUGUAUUUAAUUAAUUUUAUUAUUUAUAUAUGUAAGAGGAAAAUACGAGAAGAUUCUGCUGCACAGGGGUUAGUGGUAGAGACUAAGAACAAAGCGAACGUUUUAAGGGCAGGAAAGCGAACGUGCAUGCAUAAUUGUAAGAAAGAAGAGGAGGAAGAACAAAUAGCUGUAACAAAAAAUGAAGAAAAAAAAUGGACUACGAAUGAUGAGAUAAAAAACGAAUCCGUAGGAGAGAAGGACAUGGAAGAAAAAAAAACUCGCAAGGAAAUGAAAAGCAAAAAUAAAACUUUAUUUAUGUUUGGAACUUACAACUUAGGAAAGGAAAAAAUAUACCUUAGUGUGUCUGAAGCAUGUAACAUGAAAAUACAUUUUAGAAAUGAAAAAAAGAAGACUAUAAUUGAAUCCUUUUUGCAAAAUAAAAAUAUGUUAAGUAGAAUAACUGAUAAUAAGUUAGAAGCUCAAAUACACAUAGUUGAUAUUAAUUAUUCAUAUAUAUUUCCUAAAAUUGAGAAAAACAAAUUUAAAAAUUUGAUAGACGAAGAAAUUGAAAAAGAAUUUGAUUCUUUUUAUUAUAUUAUACCUACAGGAUGGGUUAAAAAAUAUUCCUUUUAUCAAAAAAAUGACAUUUCCAUUUUUUUAAUACCAUAUAGCGAACAUUCGAAUUUAUCAGAAUUAGAAUGCUUUGUAAAAUCUAUCAAGCCAUGUAAUAUAAUCCCAACUGUGUUUUCUAAUCCUCAGGAAAAGUUAAAAAUCCUAAACUUCUUUAAUCCUCAUCUUAACUUGCAGCGGGAAGUGUACAAUUUUUUAAAAAUAACUGAUAAAAGCUGUUUUGAUAAAAAUAAGAAAAUAUCAAAACAGAACGAAAAGUUGAACAACACCCAGAAAAAAGUUCAAACAGGUAAAAUCAAAGUGGAGAAAAUUCAUAAUGAUAGCAACCAGCACAAGCUGACGUCGUUUUUUCCGUUCUUAAAAAGGCAAAGGAGGUAA